AUGGUUUCAGCAGCAGACAUCAAGCACUUGAUCAAUACCAAUAUCAGCGGCGUCCACUAUAUCAAUGUGGAGGAUAUUUCGGGAGGGUGUGGAAGCAUGUUCAACGUGGCCAUUGCAUCUGAUGUUUUGACAAGACACAAGAUGGUACACACGGCUCUUGGGGACACAAUGAAAGAAUUGCACGCGCUGUCACUCAAAUUGUACACCGUGGCCCAGUAUGAAAAGACGGUGAAUGAGGAGGCACCCAAGGUGGAGGCGAAGGAGGAGACAGCAAACGAGGAUAAGGAGGCAGCAAAGGAAGAGUAA